AUGGCGAUACCAAAGAAUUUGGCAAAACAGAUUAAGGAAUUAGAGGAUUCUGUUCCUAAAGGUAAGUUUAUAUACUUGACUAACAAGUAAGGGCUCAUCUUUUACUGACCGGGCUUCUUUUGGCAGAUUUCGAUCCGGAAGAUGAUAAGCCGGCGCAAGAGAGCGAUUCGGAAAGUGGUGAUGAGAGUGAUGAUGGGUUAGCGGGGACAGAACAUUAUGUUCAAGUUGGGUAAGGAAUCUUCUCACUACCGGUUGAAUGGACUCUUGCUGAUCAAGUAUUAUAGAAAGAGUAAGCUUCGAAAACCAGAAGAAGUUGCUCUUGGACCUCAAUACGCCGGAUCUCGAGUCAGUCGCGAACAAUUGAUGAACGGCGAUGAUGAGGAUGAACCUAACUCGACAUAUGGAAGUGCUGAUGAAGAGAAAUUUGAGGGAAUGGAUUUUGAUGGAGAGUUUGACGAUAUGGAGGUCGAUAGUGAUGAGGCUUUGGGAGAGAGUGACGAAGAGAGGUUCAAGGACUUCGUUUUCCGAGGGAGUGGAAAGCCAAAGAAACCUGCUGAAGCGAAAAAACCCAUCGAUGUCAAUGGGGUGAAGAAAAGACCUACUGCUGCUGAUUUCAUGUCGGAUAGUGGUGGUGAGGAGGGCGUGAAAUUAUCUGAAGAGGAAGACGAUCACGAAGCUGAUGAUAACGAGGAGGAUAUUGAGGAUGAGGAGGCAGAUAAGACGGAUGAAGAUAUUUUGGAUGUCGACGCUCAACACGCCGAGACCACAGGAGAUAUCGAAGGAAAUUUUGGCGAAGAAGAUUCGGAAGACCCAGAUCAGAGUGGUGAGGAGGAAGUUGGCGGUGAUGAGGAGAGUGAAGAAGAGCAAUCCGAUGACGAGGAAAAUGAUGAGGAUGAGCAAGCGAGACGUGCUGAAUUGCGAAAGAUCAUGGGCGAGGAACAGAAAACGGUUGUCGCAACAAUUUCGCAGGCAGCAAAGGCAGAUGCAGACAAGGGAAAAGCCGUGAAACAACAACGCAAAGCAUUCGAUUCGCUUCUCAAUGUUCGUAUACGUCUUCAAAAGGCCUUGGUAGCGACAAACUCGUUGGCUGCGGCCAAUGAUAAAGAUCAGGAGGACAGCGAUGAGAACCCUUUCCAAGCCGCAGAAGAGGCCGCCAUUAAGCUAUGGAACACAAUUGAUGGACUUCGACAUGAUCUCUCAAAGGCAUCCACUACCUCUAAAACAGGACAGAAACGGAAGCGCGGUAUUGAUUCCUCCCUCUCCUCUUCGGCUAUUUGGGAGCGAAUGCAGGCCUCCGAGGUUGCUAACAUUGAUACUCGACAAACCGUCCUCGAAAAAUGGUCUAGCAAAGUCCGCGCUACAACCGCCCUUCCUGUCUCUCGCAAACUCAAUCCUAAUGCGCCUCAACAAUCCAUCACUUCUCUUCUUCAAGAUACUCUCUCAAGUUCCGAGCAUCUAAUUUCCCGCACCAAGGUCCCUCGCUCCUGUGCUCCCGUUCAAAAACAGAUGAAGCUCACCACUGACCCUAACAUUUAUGACGAUGCUGAUUUCUAUCAAUUACUUCUCAAAGAAUUGGUCGAUCAACGAAUGGUUGAUUCUUCUUCCGCAGGCGCUGGCGAAGCCGGUAAACCAUUGCAAUGGACUGCAGUCAAGGAAGCGAAGACAAGGAAGAAUGUCGAUACUAAGGCUAGCAAAGGCAGAAAAAUGAAAUUCACAGUUCAUGAAAAAUUACAAAAUUUCAUGGCACCAGAGGAUAGAAAUACGUGGGAAGAAACCGCGAGAGAUAGAUUUUUUGCGACUUUAUUGGGUAGGAAGUUGGAUUUGGGAGAGAAUGCAGAUGAGGAGGAUAUUAGUGAAGAUGAAGCAUUGAAGGAAGAGGAGGGUUUGAUGUUGUUUAGAUCUUGAGGUUGAAUUUGCAUUGAGGAUUGUGAGCAUGCGGUUUAGUAAAAGUUUGGGUCAUAAUAUAUGAUUGCAUUGCAUAGGAGCUUAGGGAUUAUACCAAUAGAAUGGAAUAUUUUGCAUACAUA